AUGUCUAUUGCCACACAACAAAAGGUAUCCAGCGACGUGCGCUGGGGCUGGGGCUGGGGCUUGGGUAGGCCGGAUAUGUUAAGAGGCAUGUUUGCUUGCUACUGUGUGCAUACUUCUUUGAGGGUUCUAAAGGCGUCUGUCACUACAGCUGGAACUACUGGAACUGCUGGAACUACUGGAACUACUGGAACUGCUGGAACUACUGGAACUACUGUAACUGCUGUAACUGCUGUAACUGCUGUAACUGCUGUAACUGCUGUAACUGCUGUAACUGCUGUAACUGCUCUAGUCCCGACACUAGCUGGUUAA